AUGCCUUCUCCCAGGCUUCUCACCCCCCGAAAUAUGGUGAUCCUCUCCGUGAUAUCAGUCGCUGGUGGCUACUUCACACUCAAGCCACGCGCGCUGGCCGACCAGCAGAGAGUGCGCAGUAGCGGUGACUUUGCAGUCUCGGUCGACCGAUCCGGAGGCGGUGUGUGA